CCAUGGCUUGUAUUAGCGGCGCGAGCCGAGCUCGAGAGAGGACAGAAUCCUCACCCCGGUUACACGAGAGCUGCUUUCUGCUCUCUGUAGAAACUGGGAAAAGGAUUAAUUCUAAAUAAACACAUUAGUGAUACAAUAAAGACAAAGUGGCAUGGAGGACAUUUACUAAACACCCGGAAGAUUUAACCGUGGAAUGAGUGAUACAUGCACGAGCUCAGGCUGUAAGGCAGCACGAGGACAUCAAUAGUGCAGGACGGCGUCAAGCUGAAAUAAAAGCCGAGGUCUCCUUGCUUGCACGCACUGCUCGGUAUGGUGAUCAUGCGAGAGGCGAGUGCAGGAGGUCAGGCCGCCGUGUCUGCCCAGGGUCGGCCCCUGCAGGUGGGCUUCUAUGAGAUCAUCCGCACGCUGGGGAAGGGCAACUUCGCUGUGGUCAAACUGGCCAGACACAAAGUGACCAAAACCCAGGUCGCUAUUAAAAUUAUCGACAAGACUCGUCUGAACUCGUCUAAUCUGGAGAAGAUCUACAGGGAGGUGCAAAUCAUGAAGCUGCUGAAUCACCCGCACAUCAUUAAGCUUUACCAGGUCAUGGAGACCAAAGACAUGCUGUAUAUCGUAACGGAGUACGCGAAAAACGGCGAGAUGUUCGACUAUCUGACGUCUAACGGACGCAUGAGCGAAGCCGACGCACGCAAGAAGUUCUGGCAGAUCCUCACAGCCGUCGAUUACUGUCACUACCACCACAUCGUCCACCGAGACCUGAAGACCGAGAACCUGCUGCUGGACGCCAACAUGAACAUCAAACUCGCAGACUUCGGGUUUGGAAACUUCUACAACGCCGGAGAGCCCUUGUCCACGUGGUGCGGCAGCCCGCCGUACGCCGCGCCCGAGGUCUUUGAAGGAAAAGAAUACGAAGGACCACAGCUGGACAUUUGGAGUCUGGGUGUCGUGCUGUACGUGUUGGUGUGCGGCUCGCUGCCGUUUGACGGAGACAGUCUGCCAGCGCUCAGGCAGAGAGUGACUGAGGGACGCUUCAGAAUACCGUUCUUCAUGUCAGAAGACUGUGAGAAUCUGAUCCGGAAGAUGCUGGUGGUGGAUCCAGCCAAGCGGAUCAGUAUCGCUCAGAUCAAGCAGCACCGCUGGAUGUUAGCCGACCCCAGCGCCCCUCGCCAGACGCUCUCACACUCCCUCACUGACUACAACUCCAACCUCGGCGACUACAGCGAACCCGUCCUGAGCAUCAUGCACACUCUGGGCAUCGACCGGCAGAGGACCGUGGAGUCACUCCAGAGCAGCAGCUACAAUCACUUCUCGGCCAUCUACUACCUUCUGCUAGAGCGGGUUAAAGAGCAUCGGAGCCAGCAGCUCAACCGGCAAUGCGGCGGCUCUUGGACCCAGAGGAGCAGGAGCACGUCUGACUCCUCGUCCAGCCCAGAGGUGAUGGUGGAGUCGCCCGACAGCUUCCGCCCUGCCUUGCCUGUCGCCGCGACGAUAAACACCGUGGUGCACUCGCAGAUGGAGUGGGAUCAGGGAGGCCUGUUUCAGCGGGUGAUGUGUCCGGUGGAGGCGAGUCUGAACGGUCUCCUCUGGAAUCGCUCCAUCUCUCCAAACAGUCUCCUGGAGACCACCAUCAAUGAAGAAGUGCGUCCCGGAGUCCUAGAAGAGGAGGACGGAGUGCCGCAAGUCUCUCCCACACUCCUCCCAAACACAACCUCACGAAGACACACCCUCGCCGAAGUCUCCGCCCGCUUCCAUCUCUGCAACCCUCCAUGCAUCGUGAUCAGUCCGUCAGACGGCGCUUCAUCAGACAGCUGUCUGAAGUCAUCAUCCAAUCCGACUCCACCCCUGUCCACCACAGCAGUAGGAGAUCUCUCAUCACUGAUGGCUUCCGGGUUUGGAACAGGGACGUUGGGGCCCGCCGGAGCUCCUCUGGCUCUGUCCUCCAACCGAAUCCUGCAGAACCAGGGCAGUCUCCACGCAGCCAGCUUCCAGGAGGGACGCCGAGCCUCCGAUACGUCUCUCACACAAGGAUUGAAAGCCUUCCGUCAGCAGCUGAGGAAGAACUCUCGUACCAAAGGUCUGCUGGGCCUGAAUAAAAUCAAGGGCCUGGCGAGACAAGUGUGCCCUCCGACCUCAUGCUCCAGGGGCAGCAGGGGGUCAUUAGGACCCACGUUGUGCCCCCCCACAGGCCUUCAGGGCGCUGGAGGACCUCGAGAGCGACGCAGCAUGCUGGAAGAGGUGCUGCAUCAGCAAAGGAUGCUACAAAUCCAGCACCAGCCCCAGCAGCAGAACACACUCUUCCUCACACAGUCCCACCAGCUGCCUUCCUCCUCUUCCUCCUCCUCCUCCUCCUCUUCACCUCCCUCCACCAACCUGUUUGCUCCAGCUGCUUUAUUCUCCAACCCUCCACCCCAGACCACCCCGCUGAUUCCUGCGUGCCAUCAGAGCUCUGUUCCUCUUCAGCACGGUCUAUGGCAGCAGAACGCAGACUCCUCUUCUUCAUCUUCCUCGUACUCGUCCCUCUCUCCCGUGGCGUCUGCGGCUCAUCUGCUUGAAGCCCGACUGCACAUCAGCCAGCAGCCUCAACUCCACAUGCAUCCCCAGUCUCAACUCCAGCUUCAGAGCUACACCCAGGGGCAGGUCUCGCUCUUACCCCAGCAGGUGAGCUGGAGCCUGGGAGGCAGCGGUGGCCCCGACACCCCUGAGCUCCAGGAGCAGCAGCUCAGCAGCUGUGUGAUGGUCAAAUAAGAACGCAAAUGUGUUUCGUGAUCCGGAGGAAAUUUAACUGACCUGCAGGAUGAUAAAGCUUAGUGUGUGUGUGUGUGUGUGUGUGUGUGUGUGUGUGUGUGAGAGCAUGAACUCAACAGAAGACAACGAAGCAAUAACCAAACUCUUUAUGGACGUCACGCUCGUCCCCCUCUGACUCCAGUCUCCUGUCUGAGAAGCAAUAACAGACGAGGGGUGAAACGGAGCGGAAAAACACGCACACACACACACACACACACACAGACGUCUGUGCGUGUUUUAAAACAAUCACGUCAGUUUUAAUAGAUUUAUUCAUUUUACUAUUAAUAAUAACAUGAAACAUAGGACGGUCUUCCUCACGUAUGGAUUGAAUUUGUUUUUGCUUUGUUUACUGUAACUUUUUCACUUCACCGUAGAAGACCAAAGUUCCUUUUUUUUUAGCCUUUUCUUUACAUCCUUUUAAACAAAACGCAGUAUCUAGAGUUUGGAAUUUAGCAAACAGCGAUCUUCACGGGCAGAGCCGAGGACCACGCGAGGUACUUUAUUUCUCACAUAAAAUAAGAGACAUUAUAGAGAGUAGAUCUCACACGCCGUCAGAACACGGCAAAGUAAUAGAGAUUUCGGGUUGAAACGAGAUUUUAAAUGGAGAUAAUGAGCUGAAAUACGACGCAUCAACUUCUUGAAAAAUCAGAAGGUCUGACGACGUCCUGCUAGUCUGCUCAGCACUGUGUCACGUGUAGAUACUAAUGACAUUCAGCGCACACUCUGAGCUUCGAGCUCUGCUUUAAAGAAGAUUCCUGGACUUGGUUAAAUUCUGCUCUUGAAAAAAAAACAAAUGAAAAAACUUUCUCUGUAGUAUCACUACCUCCUAUUUCCAACACCUUCUCCAUCUCCUUCACCACCUCCUCCUCUGCUUCCUCUUCUUCUUUUUUCCCAGAACAAAGCUUAUGGGAUUAGUGCAAUAUUUCACACUCAGCUGUAUUACCUGUAGUACCAGAUUGAGAAGCUGAUAGGAAUCCAGCAGGUGUUUUUUUUUUUUGUUUGUUUGUUUGUUUUUUGUUUUUUUUUUCAGACAGUGAUUUCAGACAUUAAACUUCGAAAAAUAUCAACAAAAAAUUAGUUUGAAAAUGAAAUUAAAUUGGUUUUGAGCCACUAAAUUAGGGCUGGGCGAUUUAGUUCUAUUUAUGAAUUUAUUUAUUUAUUAGUAAACAUUUUUGCUCACAUUUGCUUUUAACAAGUAUGUAAUUAUUCGAAAGACAUUCGAAAGUCAUUUAUUUUAAAUGACAUUAGGAUACAGCAGUGAAGAGUGUAUCGUGAUACAGUUUAUCAGGUUAUUAUAUCAUCAUAUCACCCAUCCUUAAGCAAAAUGCUCCCAAACUGUCAGUAAACACAUUUUAAUUUAACUCUGGAGACAAAAGAAUCAAACCAUCUGAUUUAUUAAAAUCCAUAAUGUGUUUAUUUAAACUCAGUGUUAACAAUUUGAUUUUUUAAAACCUCACACAUCCAGGAAGUUACUUAAACAAUCCUUUAUGUGUUUUUUUCCCCAUAAAUCGUGUUGUUUUUUUUGUUCUCUGACGUAGCGUAAAGCAAUGAUUUUAUCAGACAGCGCAGACUGUGUCUGCGUUUGUACAUUUAUUUUCCUCUUGAAACAUUCUGUAGCAAUAUAUAGCUUAGGAGACGUUACAGUUAGGUGCUGGAAGUAGAUUUUAAACAGUGUUUUUUUUUUCCUGUGUGUGUGUGUGUGUGUGUGUGUGUGUGUGUGUGUGUGUCUGUGUGUGUGUACUACACAAUUCGUCCCAUCUGUCUCUCUGUAUUUGAAGCAGCAGGGUUUGAAACCAGUGACUGAAUAAGCUGAAGGUGACGUGAUUGUCAGUGUUAAUCCGUUUUUAGUUUUAUUUUAGUGUUAUUGUUUCAAAAUCCAUCGAUUUGCACUCACCAGCAACGCUUGUGCCUUUUUUCCGAACAAAUCCCAUGGUGAGGAAAGCAAGUCAUUUUGUUUGUUUGUUUGUUUGUUUGUUUGUUUUAAUUUUUUUCUCCUUGUGCUGAUUGUAGAACAAAAGGACAAAGAGGAAAACGUGGUUUUUAGACACACAGUGAAUCAGAAGCACCCUUUUUUUUUCCUUCCCAAUUUUUCCAUCUAUUUCUCUGAAUAAUGCACUUUAUAAUAAAUAUUUCUCCAUCUGAAAAUAGUGUUGUUUCCACUGCUGGGCUAGAGAAGACUUCUUUAGUGUUAAAGCAUUUACAAUAAUAUUAAACACUAUUUUUUAUUUGAUUUUAUUUUAUGUAGAACUGUAAAGAGAGCUGUUUGUUUUUGUUAAUGUUUGGGAUGUACGUCCUGAGUUUGCUUGCUGAAAUGUAAAUGUCUUGAACGUGUGUGUGUGGGUGUGUGUGUGUGAGCGAAAGUUGUUUAUUUAUGUGGCUAUUUAUUUAAAAUAAAAUUCAAAUUCCUAAAA